CUAACGAGAGCGAAAUGUUAACAUAUUGACAUUGUUAGGUCAGAUCAAUGUGAAUCACCAGUGCAUACAGAGCUUGCUGGUGAUAGAAUUAAAUAUUGGCUUACUUAGUAUAUUGACAGUGGACUUAUUUUUACCUUUUGUAGCAAUACUUACAAUGUAAACUGUGAAAAAAUUCAAUUAAUUGUUUGUUGCGAAAACACAUUAAAUACAUUUUUUUUAUUUAAAGCACUUUGAAAGGUAUUCUUCAUGUUUUAAUAGCCUUUCUAAUAAUAAACUUCAUAGACAAGGAAUGGCAACGGUUACAUAUCAAAAUGCACAGGGAGGCACCGGUUUCGCAACGUAUAACAGUCAGCAGCCGCCUUCAUAUACACAGCCUGGCUAUGCUCCGUACCAGCAGGGUCAUCCCGUACCAGUUCACGGUCAAAGUAAUGUUGUAGUUGUCUCACAGCCUGGUGUACAGGGAGUCAGAGGAACAUGUCCAUACUGCGGUCUUGGGUUUGCAAGGUCCGACUACUCUACAAUUGGUAUACUGAUCGCUAUACUGUUUUUUCCUCUUGGUAUAAUCUGCUGUUUGAUGAUGACGGAGCGUCGAUGCACUCACUGUCGAGCUAAAAUAUAGACUUGUUAUCCUGCAUGCUAUUUCGUUGUCUGUGAUAUCUUUUUACCUUUUUGACAAAUUGCAGUGCCUUUAUUAGAACAAUUAAAGCUCAACCUUUUAAUAUUAUUACUGAUACUAGCUGGAUUGCACACAACCAAUAACAUGUUAUUGUUAUAGACAAAAUCUACAUAUAAUCAAGCAUAUAUUAACAAUAACUUAUUCGUGUCAGCAACCGAUGAUAUUUUAUAAAGAAUCAUGAUGUAAAAUUUACUAUAACAAUAAUAAUGACUUGUUACUUAAACGUACGUCCAAAAUUGUGCAUUUUCGCUUAAACUUGUUUAAUUUCGUCUCUGCAAAACAUAAUAAAGAUUGUUUCCAAAUUAA